AAUUGCAGCUCAGCUGUUUUUGAACACCCUGGUGAUUGGUGGAACAUGGAGAAAUCAACAGCAAAAGAGAGCAAAUCUCUAUCUGAAGCCGACGUCGAGAAACUGUUCCACACUAAAAGGUUACCCAGACUCCCCUGGUCCUUGCUUCUCGUGUUAUACGCACCGUUUGGCCUCUUUCUGACGUUCCUGAGGAUCUGUAUGAGCCUCCAGGUCAUACUGUUGCUAGUCAUUUGCCCAGCAGGAUCGGUGAAGAGGUUUAUGCUGAGAGUGUUCUUUGGAGUUCUGGGAAUUGUCGUCAUCACCGACAGCUUCCACAGAAAAAGCUCUCAAACUAAAAUUUAUGUCAGUAACAGGGUUUCAUUACUGGACCAUGUAGUCUUUUAUCUGGCUUUGGACUGCAUUACUGUGAGCUCAGGUGGUGUGGCAGCACCUCUUCUCCAUUUCUUCUUCCCUCAUCGCAGGCUGGCCUCACGCAGUCCAGACGACCUGGAGAUUGAGGCUAAGAAAAUGCCAGAGUUUGAUGGUAGUUAGUACCUCUAGCAUGAGGGGGGACGUGUCUGGGAUGAGGUUGGUUUUUUGUCUGUAGAAAGCAGAUCGACGGAGACUGUUGUUCCGUUUGCCAUUCAACCAGAGCCCCUGCCAACUAACGGAUCACACUCCCUCUUCCAGUUCAGCGAUUGGCCGUGCCGUCUGGCAACCGAUGUUCAGCCGGUUAGUCCCCACUUACUCCCUCACCACUCUCCACCAUUUCCCCUCACCUCAGAUUGCACUCACAGCUAGAAGACCGUUUGGUAUAAAACUAACUACAGUGUACAGCUCACAGUGGUGGGACCUUUUCUGGACUCUGUUUGUUCCAACUACAGUGUUUCGCGUCAAGCUAUUGGCUCCAAUGGAGAGGAGGGAGGGAGAGGACGGAGGCCAGCUCAGUCAAAGGGUACAGGAGUCCCUGAGAGAGGAGCUAAAACUGCAGGAGUCACAGGUUACAAUGGACAACGUUACAGCAUGGCUGAAAGCCUCUCGGAAGGGACGUACUCCUGGAGUGUCUCCUACUCCUCGCCCUCGGGCUGUCACCACCACCACCACCACCAGUCAGACUCCAGCCACGCCUCCUCCGUCCUCCAGAGAGCCAACGGGUCUGGACAGAAUGGUGGAUCAGGUGUCAGCUGUACUGCCACAAGUCCCCCACACCACCAUCAGGAAAGACCUCUUACGAACACAGAGUGUGGAUGCCACCAUAGCCAAUUUCCUGGAGGGAGUGGUGACCUACGACCCCAUCCCUUCUCCUCCGGCUAAACCAGCUCCGAAACCCCUGCCUCCUCCCUCUUACAUCACCUCGACUCCUCCCACCUUCAAGAGCUCCAGUCUCCGACCUCGGAAAUACUACAGUCCGGCCAUGGAGGCCAUGCACAGACAGCUGUCUCUGGAGGAGAGGAAGAGAGAACUAGUCCAGAAGGCCAGACAGAGCUACAUUGAGAAACACGGACUGAACGUGAGUGGAUAGCUGCUGAACUGUUACAUAACAAGUUUUCCAUUGGUGAUGAUUCACAUACUUAUUUAUCAUCUUUUAUGUGACUGAUAGCAUACAUUAUUGGCAACA